AGGGGUGGAUGAGAGGAGAGGAAAAGGGGAGGCACCUGUGAGAAGGAGCAGGUCAGCCUACCGCGGUGUCAAGUUUACGUUAAUCACGGCGCUGUACAGUUUCAGACAUAUUUGUCAAGCGGAGGAGUCAUCAUCGGAUCAGCUCCAGCUCCGAGCCAAAUUAUGACUGCGUGUUGUUGUCACGGACUUAACGUGUGAGGUGAGCUGUGACUGCCCCCCUUCUUUGUCUCUCCGUGCACCUGCAUGUACCGUGGGCAGCCCCGGCCCGUCGGAGAGGCGCUGUGCUCAGAGACCGUGCUGCACUAGGAGAACCCAUGGCUUCUGGCCCUCCAUGUCCCCCUUCAGGCCGCAGGCUCAGGCUGCUGGAGUUGCUACUCGGGCCUCUGUUGGUCUUGCUGGUUUCUGGGAUGGAACCAGUGCUGGGUCAGAAGGUCUUCACCAACCAAUGGGCUGUCCACAUACCUGGAGGUCAGGAGGAAGCUGAUCAAAUUGCCAGUAAACAUGGAUUCAUUAACCACGGACAUGUAUUUGGUGAUUAUUAUCACUUCCGGCAUCGUACAGUGGUGAAGAGAUCGCUGACAGAUCACAGAGGGACACAAGUCCGUCUUCAAAGAGAUCCCAAGGUGACUUGGGCCGAGCAACAAGUGUCGAAACGGAGGAAAAAGAGGGAUGUCUUCGUUGAACCGUUAGAUCCCAAAUUCAAAGACCAGUGGUACCUGUACAACAGCAACCACCGUGACUUGAAUGCCAAAUCUGCGUGGCAGUUGGGCUACACAGGUAAAGGAGUGGUGGUGUCCAUCCUGGAUGAUGGAAUAGAGAGGAACCAUCCUGACUUGAUGCAGAACUACGACAAGGAUGCCAGCUAUGAUGUGAAUGAUGGCGACCCCGAUCCUCAGCCUCGAUACACGCAGCUUAAUGACAACAGGCAUGGAACACGAUGUGCAGGAGAAGUGGCAGCAGUCGCCAACAAUGGGAUCUGUGGAGUCGGUGUGGCCUACAAUGCAAAGAUUGGAGGUGUGCGUAUGCUGGAUGGUGAGGUGACCGACAUGGUGGAGGCUCAGUCUCUCAGUCUGAAUCCCCAACACAUCGACAUCUACAGUGCCAGCUGGGGCCCAGAGGAUGAUGGCAAAACUGUGGACGGGCCUGCCAAACUCGCCAAAGAAGCCUUUCUGCGUGGAGUUACAGAGGGCCGUGGUGGUUUGGGCUCCAUCUUUGUGUGGGCCUCUGGAAACGGAGGGAGGGAAAAGGACAGCUGUAACUGCGACGGCUACACCAAUAGCAUCUACACCCUGUCCAUCAGCAGCUCCACCCAGAACGGCAACGUCCCGUGGUACAGCGAGGCUUGCUCUUCCACCCUUGCCACUACCUACAGCUCGGGGAACCUCAACGAGAAACAGAUAGUGACUACAGACCUCAAAUCAAAGUGCACAGACUCCCACACAGGCACCUCUGCGUCCGCCCCGCUGGCUGCUGGGAUCAUUGCUCUUGCCCUUGAGGCCAAUAAAAACCUGACCUGGAGGGACAUGCAACAUCUGGUUGUGCGAACUUCUCACCCUGCCCACCUGCUCACCAACGACUGGAGAACCAAUGGGGUUGGGCGCAAAGUUAGCCAUUCAUAUGGAUAUGGUCUACUUGAUGCCAGUGCAAUUGUAGCGCUGGCAGAAACGUGGACCAAUGUGAAGCCACAGCGGAAAUGUGUGAUCGGCAUGGUCUUUGAGCCAAGGAACAUUGGCAGCCAUUUGUCGAUUAACAAGAGCGUGGACGCCUGCUUUGGGACAGAUAGUCAUGUGACCUCAUUAGAGCACGUCCAGGCCCGGCUCACCCUGUCCUACAACCGCAGGGGAAACCUGGCGAUCCACCUCAUUAGUCCUGCCGGCACCCGCUCCACUCUGCUCCACCCCAGGCCUCAUGACUACUCAUCCGAGGGUUUUAACGACUGGGCCUUCAUGACCACCCACUCCUGGGAUGAGAACCCUGCUGGUGCAUGGACGCUGGAGAUUGAGAACGUGGCUGGUGCCAGUGACUAUGGCACUCUGACCCAGUUCAUCCUGGUGCUGUACGGCACUGGCUCAGCUUCUUCCAGCUCCUGUGACAAGGCUCAGCCUGGCAACAACAACUGUAAGACCCUGGACCUGAGGCAGAUAUGCAUCGAGUGCGACGCCGGCCACUACCUCUUUCAGCAGGGCUGUGUGAAAGAAUGUCCUCCAGGCUUUUCAGUGGGCUCCCAGCCGCUCAACUACACAGUGGGAAACUCUAUACCACCAGCCUCCGUCCCAGCCUGCAUGCCCUGCCCACCGCCCUGCCUGACCUGCAGCAGCCUCAGCCCGCAGGCCUGCCUGUCCUGCCCCCCUCACAGCUCCCUGGACCCCAUAUCUGGCACCUGCCUGCACCUCAACCAGUACAUGCGUGAGUCCCCCGGCAGCUUCAUGGUGGGCCAGGGGAACCCGGGAAUGCAGAUCCAGCUCAGCUCCCGGCUGCCCAUCACCAUCGCCGUGCUCAGCUGCAUAGCCAUCAUCGCCACCUUCGCUGGCAUCUUCCUGCUGCUGCAGCUGCGCUCAGGCGCUCUCAUCAAGCUGCCCUCUCUGGAGGCUGGUGGCGGCCUCGGGGGCAGUUUCAGCCUGGGGGGGAACAGGGUGGUGUCAUACCGCGGCAUCCCGACAGUGUGGGGGGAUGAUGGGAUAAAUACAGACUCUGAAAAUGAGGAGUUUGACGUCCAAAAUGAGAGGACUGCCUUUAUCAAAACACAAAGUGCUCUUUAAUGCCUCCCCCACAUCCCUCCCUCUCUCCUGCUUUUAAAGUCUUCUCACCCUCAUUUGUCUGAUAAGUCAGGGCUGUGGUAAACUGCCCUCUCACAGUCUUUUCUGGUUUUAUCUCUCAUCCCUUUUCUCCUGUCUCCGUCUUACCGUGUUCUCGUCUGAGUCCUGCUUCUGGAUUCCCUGUGGGAGACCUGAUGGGAAGCCGCUGUCUCUCAGAGCUCGGGAUGGCCCAAGCUUUGCUCUGUUCACACUUGGGCGCUUUUCUAUUAAACUGGCUCUCCCCCUCUUCUUGCCCUCAAUCACUAACAGUGUCUGUCUGAGCAGAGUCCAUUUUCCCCUCCAGCUCCAGCUCCUCUUUGUUACAGUAAACAAAUUAUUAUUAUUUCCUCCUUUUUUUCCCCUCUUUCCAUCAGUCUCAGUGCAGUAGCCAGAUGAGAUUGUUGAAUGUGAGGAGUGGAGAUGUGUGUGUGUGUGUGUGUGUGUGUGUGUCUGUGUGUGUGUGUGUGUGUGUGUGUGUGUGUGUGUGUGUGUGUGUGUGUGUGUUUGUGUGUGUGUGUGCGUGCGUGUCUGUGUGAAUGUGAGCGUAUAAAUCUGAUGAACAGUGUAAUGCCCUUUAUAGAGAAGCUAAAGCCGGUCUUGUCACAUUUAGUACUUUAACUUAAAAGAGAUAAAAAAAAAAUGUAUUACGAGGCAUGAAAUCGGAUUUGGAAACAUUGAUUCUCUCUGAAGUGUCGUUUAGUGACAUCAGCAUCCAAAAUGCACCACUUAUCUGCAGCCAGUCACGGUGUAAUUUAAAAACGCACAAAUCAAAAGCAUAAUAAUUGUCAAGAAGAUGUCCAGACUUUAAUGGUUUAUAAUGACGUGUCACCAGUCAGAGAAACAAAAUACACUGUCUGAGUUCUGUUCAUGAUGAGACAGUUUUGUAUUCAUUUUAAACAAAAUCUGUCCUUCAGUCUCUUUUUAUCUGUAUGGUUAUUGUUCUAGGUGUGAAGGGGGGCUUUAGUUCUCCUAUUGUACACAGUCUGGAAAGAUCUCUCUCAGCUCUGGCAGAACAAACUGUGAGUCACACAACUAGCAAAGCUUUCUCCAGCUUUUUGGGGUUCAAGAUGGACUCAAUUUAUCCCACUUUUGGAAACUAUAAAUUCUCCUGUGCUCAUAACCUCCCCAACCAUCUCAUGGAAGGAUAUCAAAAAAGCAAGAUGAAUUCAAAGAAAAACAAACACACACACAGGCUACUCGAUCAACCCUGAGGCACAAUCCCUUCCAGGGAUAUUUAAUUUCUGUGUUUGAUGUGCUCACAUCCCCGGGGCUGAGAGAGAAGCAGCUGAAGUGCUGAUGGGACCCAGAACAAUAUGUGACUGCAGAGCACAAGAGCUUCUCAAAAGCAGCUGGCAGGUGUUGAGUUACCUGUGAUUGAUUCAUUGACAGAAGACGCAGUUACAAUACAUUGAGGCUUUCCCUUUUGUCAGAGCACAUCAGCACUACAAACGUACGUUAGACGCACCACAUAUCAUUACGGCUAAAACUUUGUAAGUGUGUGCGUGUGUGAGUUAUUUUACUGCUCGUGAGAUCGAGGAAUGUUUAUCUGCCCUCUGAAGCGAAGGUUUCCUUUCCUCCUUCGCCUCGCAGUCUCUUCAAAUCUUAAAUGCUGUUUAGAAAUCCCGCAUAGACACGCCACAUCUCAUCAGUGUCUCUGCACUCACCCUCCAGUCCUCAUCUAAUCUGAAUUUCAGAUUAUCUCUUCAGCGUACUUGCCAAUUAAUUAUAUUCUGAAUGAUACUUCAGCAACUAUUUAUUCUGAGAGAUUUUAAUCAUACCUUUAGGGAAGAUUGUUUUAAAGUGAUUCCUUUUCUCUCGGGCUGGUUAUCAUCUAAAAUGUGCAUCUUAUGAUUUAACCCAGUGUAGCCACUUUGAAUCCAUUGAUCUCCUUUUUUACUAUGCUGAAAUUUUGUUGGUUUUUUUUUUUUCAUUUUCAGUACAAAAUGGCAGCGCCUGCUGAGAGAGGUUGUCAUGGCGAUAACAUGCAUACAAAACCGCAGCUGCUCAUCCUUUCCUUUAAAAUCUACCUCUCGUAUCAUUCAGCGAGGUUUCGUACACCGUCAGAGGAGCUGUUAAAUGAUUAUAGAGGUCAAAUUAUAUGUAGGUCAGACAUGAAAACGCUUGUCGGAGAAAGAUUUAGGAGAAUAAGCAUGUAAGUCAAAUUUAUGUUUUAGAGGAGAAACAAGCAAUUCAGAAACUGUAAAAUUGCUGUAAAUUCAAGUCUGCUGAAUCUCCUAUCUCUCCGAAAAUUUAUUACCUUUAGGAUCAGCAUUCAUGGGCCGUCACACCUCGACUUUAAAACCUGUUAUUGAAAAUAGAAUGGGUCGAAGGAUUGUCCGUAGAUCUUGUUGGCCUGCAUUUAAAGAUCUCAAUCAACUUGAAAUUGAUAGAGGAGUUUGUUUGCCUCAUCUCUCAUAGUCUCCACCCAGACGGCUCCAUCAAGGGUGAAGACCUCUGUGUUCAUAAGUUCAUGUCACUGACAAUCAAAUCAUGUCCUUGUUUUGAGGGCGAGAACGUGCAGAAGCACACAAAACUAAUCAAUUUUAAUUUAACCAGUAGUGUUUGGAAAAGUUUUUCUUCGGUUGGUAUCGUUCAUAAAUAUUUAGAGCUGAAUGUGAUUUAAAUUGCAAAUUGUUCAGAAAGAAAAAGAAUAAAGAACCAAUAUCCUCAAACAUCCUGUUCAAAAGGAUGGAGAGAGAUUGGUACAUAUGCUUGCAGACACAGCGCUGAGCCAGGACGCCUAAUUCAUCUCAGAUGGCCUGUGCAGGUGUAGCACAUUUGGCUUAUCGCUGCAGUUUCAGCCAGGAAGCACUAAACUGGAAACCAACCCGAGAUUGUGGAUUUAGAGAAAGUGCCCUGGAACAAAGCUAAUGUGACUGCAGAGUGUGUGCUGCAUUGCUUUGUGUGAUGCGCAUUAGUGCCUACUGCCAUUUAGGCUUCGAUUAGCCCCGGUUUAAGGGGGGUGCUAAUUUAAAAAUGUAAUAACUACAGCCUCAGACUUCAGCCACAAAAUCUUAUUGACUCCCCAGCUCGGUGUGAAGUGUGUAAACAACAGAUAAUGGGCUUAUGCGGCACCGAAAUUUCUUCCCCAAACUAUUUUCUGAAACCCUGGAUGCGAAGCGUUUGCUUCUUAAGAAGAACCAAUUUGUUGCUAUCAGUAUUGAUGCUCAGUCUCAUCAACAUUGUCCAUUGUGCAUCACCCCUUACAAAAGACUUGUAUCACCUCCGGGGAAAAUAAAAGUUUCUCCUAAAGUGCAACACUUCGGGGGUGUUCAGACAAGUUUCUGUGGCCCCUCGAGUGCACACACACAAAAUGAUUUAUUCAUAUUAGCUUGAUGUUGUAUUCUCUACAGCUUGAAAACUCAGAAAACUUUAAACUGAUGAACUCAGAGCUUUGUGCAUUCAAGUGUUCAACUUUUAAGAAAAUCAUGAAUGCGGGCAGCAUUAAGUAGUUGGUGCUUCCAAAGCACAGGGAGCUGCUGAAAAACCAUUAGCAGCCAGCUCACUUCUUUCUCGGCAAGAAUGUGAUGGAAACUACACACUAAAAAAGAAGAGGUUCUCUAAUUGUGCCAGAAAGCAGCUCAUCAUCAUAAGGCUGCCACUUCAUUGGCACUAAAGUGUGAAGCCUUUUAAUGUAGAAAGUAACAGGAAUGUUACAAAAAAAAAAAAAAGAAAUCUGGCUGCUUGUUGCAAAUAGUCUCUUCUGGCUAUAAAGAAGAGACUCGCUCAUGGGAACGAUGGAGGCUUUUUUCUUUAUACAGCUGAUUUGUUUCACGUGGAGCUCGAUGUUGCUUCAGUCCUGCCUUAGGAUGUAGUCUGAAGUGAUCAAUAUGAAGUCGGAUGGAGUUAAUAGGAGCAAUAUCUUUGGCAUAACCAAAGACAAUCAUUUUAAUGCUGUCUGUUUAGUGUUACGACGUGUUGCUUUCAGGUUGUCACAGUCCAUCGACCCCCUUCACUCAAAGUGUUUGGUUGACAUCAUUCUGUCAUCUCUGCUUUUAGGUUGGGUUGUUUUUGGGUUUUUUUUUUUUUUGGAGAUCUGCGGUGACACCCUGUAUGUUCAGCAGCUGUGGAGGGAGGAGGUAGAAUGUAUCCCAUCUCCAUUAACUUAAGGGCUGAAUCAGAUCUGCGUGCGUCCGUGUGUGCACAUGCUUGUUCAAGUAUAAAUGAAACACUUUGUGAUGGGGGAGCGGGGGCCGUUUAGUGGAGCGGCCUCAGACAACUCUGGUGACCUGCUCCCGCCUCUUUGUGAGGUUCCCGGCCUGUGGCUGCACACAGUACCUUACAGAUUUGUGACCUAUGAAUAAUGUACAAGAAUGACUAUCUUACAUGGGACAUAACUCUAAAAUAAGGCCUAUUUUUGUACUAUAUGAAUGGUGCAGUGUAAUUUUCUUGUAAUUUAAAGAUUUUUUUGCUCUUGUUUUUCUCCUUUUUAUUUAAUUGAUGUCAAUUAUAGAUUCUACUAAAAAUAAAGAUCUAUGCAAAUUUGAA